GCUCCUCGAGGUUCUGCUUCGGGACAGAGUCCUGCAGGGGCGCCCAGAGGCCCGGGUAGGGACAGGGAGGUGAAUUGGACGGUGGAGGGGGCCCUCCUCGCCGGGGUCCCGCCGAGGGGAAGGCUGGGCCAGAGGGACGUCCGGGGUAAGUCUGGGAGGAGUCGACCGCACCUCGGCUGGGGAUUUCGUGUUAUGGAGGGGCGGGAGAUUGUUGUAGGGAAAGAUGUGGUAGAGGGGAAAGGAAGAGGGAAGCACACUGCAAACCCGAGAGGCCAACAGCCCAGGCCAUGGAGGUGCCCUUCUAUUCCGCCUGCACCUCCCCCCUCCCCCAGUGGAAGCACUGUUUUUGUUUUAUUGUUUUGAAAUUUUCAGUGUUGGCUGUAGGAAGCUGUCGAUGUGGUGGUGAUACUUAUUCAUUCUUGGUGUCUUCUAGAGUAGAUAGUAAGGACAGGCGUCACUUGGCGAGGACACGUCUUAGCCCAGGGUUUAGGGGCUCUUUACGCAAGAGUGGGAAGACGGCCUGACAACUUCGUGCGACAGCUGAAUACUCAGGGCAGUUUGGAGGUCGUUCUCAUAGCGCAGAAGUGGAAUGUAAUUGCAAAAAUCUUUGGUGAGACUUCUGGGGGUGCAGUUGUAGGUUAGCGUUACCCUGGUUGGCCGCAUGGCCCGUUCAACUUAGAAGGCUAUUUCUCAAAGUCACACUGCCCAACGUUGGGGAGAUGAACAGGGGACGCAUUUGGCGUCGGAAGUGGAUUAGGUUGAUAAUAAAAUCCCAAGGUUGGAAGGGACUUUAAAGGUCAUCUCAUUCUCUGUUUACCUGACAUGUCCUUGAAUGUUAGGAUAGGGGGAACUUUGUUUUGGGGGAGAUGGAGCAGAGUUUAGGGGUACUCAAAUUGAAUGGUGAUGUCACCAGGUGGUACUGAAGAGGACAGUACACAGGAAAGAAAUUUGGAGGAUUUCACUGGGGAUUAAAUGGGAUAACCCAAUCCCCCAAAUCACCCAGAAGCUUCAAAUAGAAGCAAAAGGUUGGGAGAGCAACAUGUAAAAUUUUGAUGGAGUAGCAAAGUUAGUAGGAAGGACUGGGGGAGCUAGGAGGAGCAGGGGGCUUGAUGACUCAAGUUCAGAGAAUCUGAAGGUUGAUAGAGUUUAGGAGGGACAUGGUUGUUUUGACUAAGCCACGUGCUGUUGAUAGGCAGGCUCAUCUUUUGAUAAGGCAACUGGAGCGGCUGCCUUUGGGAUAGAUGGGGAGGACAAGAGGCACAGGCCAUGGGACACAGAGCCUUACUCAAAUUGACUUGGAGACGGCUGGCCCUGUUACUAGCUAUGCAGCAAGGGUAGGAUUCUUUCUGUUCUGGCUCUGAGAAUCAUUGAUGGAGGAAGGGGUUAAGGAGGACUGUUUCUUUAGAAUAGACCAUAAGGAAAAGACAGCAAAUUAUUGGGAUAGGGCAGAGGAAAGCUAUGUCCCUGGAAAGUUCUGUGGUUGGAGUCUGGAUUGGGCAGGGUGGAGGGGAGUUCCAGAGGAAAUGGUGGCUGCACCAAGGGCACUUGGAGAUCUGGCUGUUUUGAUUACUGAGAGCUGGUAGGACAUCGACUCUCAGUGGCCUAGACUUUUUUGGGAAGCAAAGGGUUUCCUCCAGGGGUCUGUUUGCCUUAUUCCUGCUGCAGUUCACUACAUAGGAAAAAAAUGUUUAGCACAGGUGGCAGAGAAUCUCACAUGAUGAGUCUGGAUUAUGGGUUUCAGAGAGGGGCUUCUUUUAGGGGAGCAGAAUUAUGGGAGAAAAGGACUUGAAUACCAGAAAAAAGGAAGGCAAAAACAAAAGUCAGGAAGAGGGUUGUUUAGGCAGUGGAGGGGGGAAAAAAUGAUCAUUGCUGGUUUCAGGUCAGGGUCAACUAAGGAAAAAGUGGAACCUUGAAAUCUCCAGGCUAAUGUUUUCCAAAGUAAAGUUUGAAGAACCCUUAAGACUCUUUACACUUCCAUACUAGAAUAACUAGGUUUGGUGCAAGAGAGAGGACCAUCUUGAGUAAAAAUAGGGUUGGAGAGAAACUGGCAUGUAAGAAGAAAAUACACAUAUUGACCCAUAGGGAAAUAGAGAAUUUAGAGAUAGUAUAUAGGGUAAAAAAAUGCAGGAUGUGAAAGAGGGUGGAAUAACGAGGCAAAGGAGGAAGGUGUUUACUCAGAUGUCAUCUGCAACUAGUGUCAGAGAAGGUAAAAAAUUGCCUUUGAUAGCCAUUGCCCUGGGAGGGCCCAGGAAGCAGAGGUUAGCCGAGAUCCAGGGCUUACAAGUCUAAGCAUUAGUUGUAAAAUUAAGGCUAAAAUAAAGAUACCGAAUGGGGGAAGGAAUUCACCGACCCAAGUAGAAUGGCCUUGAAAGAAGGAGAAAGUGGGAAUACACCAGUUUUUCCAGUCUGCAAGUGGGAGGAAUCCUAGAUAUAGGGAGGUGAAUUAUGGAAAUUCCAGAGUGAAACAGGAUAAAGAACAGUGGCCUUAGAGCCUUGGGCCAGAAUUGGAGGGUGGGGUGGGGGCAUGGAGGAGAGGCACUAAUCAUGGGUUGGACAUCUGGACUGGUUCAUUGAUUCUAGGUUGAGAGCUCCAUUUGAGAUGGAAUAGAAUGGCCACAGUGGGGUAGAGAGCUGUUUUCCAGCGUUAGCCAGCAUCUGGGAUUGAGAGAGGAGGAGUUCAUGGUUAAGUUGGGUGGGAAAGUGAACACUAACAGAGAGAGGGCUGGGGAAAGUGGAAAUUGUUGGGGUAAAACAGACGGGAAAGGGGAGAAGCCACUGAGAAUUACAUAAGGGGGGAAGGAAGACCCUAGACCUUUGAGUUUUCAAAAGGAAAGGAAAUUUCUUAAUGCUGGAGCUCCAGUUAGGUGUGGGUCUAUGCUUGGCAGAGGGUUUAGCAUCAGGAUGGCCAAAGAGGGGGGUAAUAAGAAGUAAACUACCUCUUGGCCACUAGGAUGCUAGUACACUAUUUUAUGUAGUCUCACAUACUAACUAGGCUUUAUUAAUGUCAGUUUUGGAAUGGUUAUCUUUAAAGUAAUGUAGAAACUGUUCUUUUUCUAAAUUGUACCCUUUCCACUGUUCAUAACUUGAAAGCAGUAUUUUAUGAUGAAAACUUUCUUUGGUGAACUGAAGUUGAAAUCUGGUCAAGAGUAAAAUUUAACUCUGUUUCUAUUCCCAUAAUUCAAAUGUGCUUUCUGUUUCCCUCUUUUUCUUUUUUAAGCAGAAGCCACCCUUUCCCCAUAAACCAUUAAAACAUGGAUAAUUGUUUAUAAAGUGGCUGCAGGCUGCACAUCAAGGUCAUAGUUUCCCUGGUCAGUGAAUUGUGAUGAAUUUGAAGAGUGAUGAUUUAUUAUUUGUAAAAUGUGAUAAUUUUCAGAUUUACUUGUGGAGAGUAUGUGAGGCAGGAUACGUCUUCAUUUGGAUUUUAAGAAGAUCUUAAGUUUAGCGUCUGUGAAGAAUUGAGAGUACUGAGGGGCAGCAAAGCUUUGUGUUUCAGGCUUCUUUACCGACUGUCAGCUAAGAAACAAAAUUUGGUUACCUCAUUGCUAAGGUAUGUCUAGAAAUCUUAGUGUUAGUGCCAUUUAAGGGUAUAGUCAAGUUUUGUUAUAAUGUUGGUGUCUGGGGACAAGAAAAACAAGCAGACUUUCAUUUUUCCAAGUUCUAUGGAAAAGUGCACUGUACGUGACUCUGAUCCCCAGGAUGAGUCAAUGCACUCUCUACCUGAUCCAUGAGAUGAUUAGGUGUCUCAUGAUGACAGGGCUUUACUCAGUUUAACUUGGUCGCACCUUGUGUAGGUUAGUAUCUUGCAGUGGUUCUCAAACUUUGGUGUGUCUCAGAAUUAGCUGGAGGGCUUUGGAGACAUACUGCCUUAAGUUAGAGUCCUUGCUCUUCUACUUCCUGGCUGUGUGGUAGAAGCAAACUACUGAACUUUCUUGAGCCUCAGUGUUUUCAUCUAUAAAAUGGAGAUGAUAAUCCCAGUCUCACAGGGCUAUGAGGAUUGCACAAGAUGAUAUAUACAUGGCAGACCAGCUCCAUAGCAGGAGUCCAGUAAAUGGCAUCCAUUAUUACAUUAUGAUCUAGUUUUGCUUGUUCAAUGGAGUCCUAUGACCUUUUAUAUUUCUCUAUGCCACAUGGUGGCAAAAUAAAAACUAUCCACAGCUCCUGAGCACUCCCACGUAUCUUGAUUCUCUGUGCUCUUUCUCCAUAUUCCUGUUGUAUUAGUACAUGUUUAGCAUUUACAAUGUGGUAGGAAGGAAUAACUUGGCUCACCACUGCAUUAUUGCAUCCACCUUUGAGGUGGAAAGUGGCAGUUUCUCUAACAGCUGUGCUGUAACACUGCUCACUCAGGAUUUUAGGGCAGAAACUGAAGAGUCUAUAUCUAGUUGAAACUUCAGGGGACAUUUUGGGCCACAUGUAAAAAAUGACCCAAACCUAGUUUACUAGGGUGACAUUUUAAAAAAACCAUUGCUUUCUGAAAAGGGCUGCUGUGUUUAAUUACAACUGGUUGGGCUUUCCAGAUGUCUCUAACAUCUGGAAGUUCUAUAAAGGCUGGUAGAUAGAGCCUGGGUCUUGCAUGGCUCUAUGACAAGGAUGUUCAUCAGCAAUUGGAUGGGAGAAAGCAUGUCUCGAAUACCUCAGGUAUCACCAGACCAAACUUCUGAACACCAAAAAAAAAGGGGGGGGGCUAUAAAAUAGAGAUCCUCUCUGCAGCCAGAGUGGACUUUGAUGCCAACAGUCAGCUAUGCCAAUAUAAGGAGAGAGUAAUAGCUGGCCAAUUUAAAACAGUAGAUCAGUUAACAAAUUAAUAAUUUCUUUUUUGGCUUGGAAAUGUAUUCUUAUUCUCUACCUGCCCCCGCCCCCCAGCAGAUUUACCUUCCUAUUUAUAUUUUGCUUCAGCAUAUAUUAAAAGGAUUUGUUUCCUGAGUACACACAUACUGUAAGUAGCAGUAGGCAGUCCAUAAGUUGGCUGGGUUUAAAAAUUAGCUGUGGCUAAACUACACUCAAAUAAUUGGAAGUUGACUUUGUUGUUUUGCCCUGGCCCCAUUUUAUUUCUGAUUGUCUUUAUUGUGGAAGUAAAGAAAAGAAAGAAGAGAAAGGCUGGUAGAUAGAGCCUGGGUAGAUAGAGUCUUCCUUUAUAAGAGACCAAAGGAAGUAAAAGGCAUCCACAGACACAGUGCUUUUUAUGCGGGAUUCUUGGUUUCCAUAUGACCUAGAGAGGAUUUUAGUUUUUCCCAGUAGUUUAUUUACUGAGCACAUAUUGUAUGCCUUGUAUCAUGCUCGACACUAUUGGGAGUGGAUGUUAAAAGAAGUAGAAAAUAUCCUUUCUAGCCUUGGGGAGCCGAUAGCAUAUAUACACUCUAUAUGUGUACCUUUGAAUGAGUAAUGUAUAUAUAUGUGUAUAUAGAUAUACACGUGUACACUCUAUAUGUAUACCUUUGAAUGAGUAAUUUAUUUUACUAUUUUUUUAAGUUUAAGAGAGAGAGAGCACGAGCAGGGAGGGGCAGAGAGAGAGGGAGAGAGAGAGAAUCCUAAGCAGGCUCCGCACUGUCAUUGUGUAGCCCAAUGCCAGGCUCAAACUCACGAACUGUGAGAUCAUGAUUUGAGCUGAAGCGCAAGAGUCAGGCGCUCAACUGACUGAGCCACCCAGGGGCCCCUGAAUGAGUAAUUUAUGUAAAAUGAGUUGAGCCUGUAGUCUGGAAUGAGAGAAUAGAAAAAAUAGUGUGAUAAUGGCCUUUCCAAAUAUUUGUGUGAGAGGUCCAAGACACUUAAAAAAAAAAGACACAAGUUUAGUGAGGAGGAAACCUCUUUAGAUGAAAAAUUCCGUAUCAUGAAUGCAGUAUACCGAAAUGGAGACACCCAAGGGCCACUCUCAUAGUCCAUAGCAUGGAAGACACAGAAGCAUCAUGAAAGGGAUUCAGAUCUCAGAUUACAAUGAUUCAACUUUGGAGUGUGAAAGACACACCAAAUAUUCACGUGGUUCUGCUGAAGACCAAGACAGAGGAAAGUCAACUCUUAUUUUUGAUCUAGAGGAAAUAAGUGCUUUUUAAGACCCUAGUUACUUACCAUGCCAUUUUGAGGUGGCUCUGCAUUUUGAAAAGGACUGAUUAAUUUCAUGAUGAUCGCUUAGGCUUUCUAGAUAUUGGUGACAUUUAGAAGUUGUAUAAAAUCUUGUGACUAGAUCCUAGGUUUAGUAUAAAGCUAUGAUGAGAUGUUUUCCUUAAAUGGAGUAAAAUUAUUUUCCUGCAGCAAGAGAUGCAAGUACUAUUUGAAUAACAGGAAAAAAGUAUGGUAGUAGAUAGAAAAGCUAAAUGGACUGGUGGUAUGAAAAUGUGAGAGAUUAAAACUUUUGCUUUUGCCUCCUUCAUUGUUGGAAUUGAUUACCUUUGGUCCUGUUAAGUGCUUUUGUGCUAUUCGCAAUUUUAUUUUAUUGUUAUUUUUUUUUAAGUAAGCUCCACACCCAACAUGGGGCUUGAACUCAUGACCCUGAGAUCCAGAGUCACACGCUCUACCAACUGAGCUAGCCAGGCACCUCCUGUUCUCAGUUUUAAGUAGGGACUCCUUUAUUUCUAUUUUGCAGAUGGCAUAGUAAGUGUACCUAAUGAGGUACCUGAGAUGGCUAACAAAUAGGGGCUGAAAAUGCUCUCCCAAAUACACCCCCGCCAAUUUAGGCUGUAGAUACUAGACUAUAUCACUCUUCAAGGGUGUUGCUGCUGUGUGAAUAGAUGACUCUGAAUGGAUUUUGGCAGUUUUUAAACAUCAAGUUUCUGACUGAGUGUAGAUCCAGCACUAGUGGGGAGAUUAAGAAUGGUAUGGUUUGGAUUGGAAAGGGUUUGGGUGGUAAUAUUCACUGAAGAGCCCCAGGGAGAUUGCAAGCCCUGGUCACUCCAUCCAAAGGUCUAGCCUACCAAGGUGAUUGCUUUGUAGGUAACUACAUUCAUUUGAAUGAGUAAGCUCUCAUGUGUUUAACAGGUAGUUAAAAUUCUUUUGUAUCCAGUCUCAUAAAUGUUUAUAGGCCAGGGUUUUAAAUGUGGAGGUACCAAGGAGUCUAUGAAGGUGUCCAUGCUAUAGCCAUGUGCAGGCAACUACUUAGUCUUCUUGCUAAAUACAGGAAUUAAUGUAUCUGAGAACAGGAUGCAAUGUCUCCUAUAAGACUUAUCCCUUGGGGUACAACCAGUAGAAAUAUUUGGGUAGAAAAAACCCUCAGGGUAACUAGAGAGUGCUACAAUGGAUUAGUCAGGCAGAAGGCUGGGAUGAACAGUACAAAGGGCCCCUUCCUCCUUUCAGUUGUCCAGCAGAUUAUUUCCAGUUGAUUUUGCGUGUGUGUGUGGGGGGUGUGGGUGUGUGGUAGCAUGUAGUGAUAGAGGAGCCUGUUUGCAUGAAGGAAAGCAAAGUAAAGUGAUUGGGGCUUGUAUAAGGGACUCUUGAGUUUCAGGGAAGGGGAUAUUUGGUUAAUGGUACAGAAGGUGAGGGGAUAUGGAUAUUAGACGGAAAGCCUGUGGAGAAUAUUAGAACACCUUUAUAUGGGAAAUCCUUAGAUUAGGACAAUUUGCACUGGGAGAACUUCCUCAUUAGGGGGUGAGGUUUGGGAUAUAUGAUUAGGUGGGGAUAUAUGAGUUGAGGGUGCAUGGUCAGGUGCGGCUCAGGCCUAGGGUUUGGAUUCUGGAGCCAGAAGAUUGUGUGGGCCAGGGUUAGGUAAGGUCUCAUGAUCCCCUUUUGCAGCUCCAUCCUGGCCCUGGAAAUGUCAUGGCAAAAUUCUGGCUUCCACACUGAAAUAUUCCAUGCUGGUCACUGGCCCCAAAUCUAUCUUUUUCUAGACCUCAAUGGUGGGCCCCCUUAGGGCCAGGGCCCUGGCUAGGGUUAAGGUUAGGUCCCUGGAGGCAACAGGGGCUGAACCUCCAGCAGCUCAGUGGUCUCCCCAGAGGGCUGAGUGGAGGGGAGGACUGAGUGGAAGGCAUGUGGAAGAAGGCAGAGAGCAACAAGGAAGGUAAGAUCUGUGGUAGGGGCUCCAUAUCUAAAAGCCAGGUAAAGUUAUCUUUGUUGAGUAUGUGUACACUUUCCUACUGAAAACUGAUUUUGUGGGGUACCUGGGUGGCUCAGUCGGUUAAGUGUUUGACUUUGGCUUAGGUCAUGAUCUCAUGGUCUGUGAGUUCGAGCCCUGCAUCAGGCUGUCUGCUUAUCCAGUGCAGAGCCUGCUUUGGAUCUUCUGUCUCUCUGUUUCUCUGCCCCCUCCCCUGCUCACAUGCUCGCUAGCUCUCUCAAAAAUAAAUAAACAUUUAAAAAAAAACCCACUGAUUUUGAGAUCUUUUGAUGUCUUUCUGAAGGCAUUUCAGUGGUUAGGUGGGAGUCCUGGCCUCUUCCCUUUGGCCCAUUGGAUGUCUCUUGGAAAUCCUUGGGGUUGUUUUAGGUGCUGCUUUUCCCAAAGUGGGGUAAUGGGCUGGCCUCUCCUUUGAUUCCGUGAAGUUUGAAUGUGAAUAUCUCUGACUUAUGGGAGCUUUACCCAGAACUCUAGAUUUCUGUUGAAGCAAUAGGUCCCAAAGUUGGUUUUCUUUACACAUUAGUCAUCACUGGCCCAACCCUCCUUCUUAAACUGUCUACUGGCCACGCCUAUCCUCUUGAGGACAGAUUCAGGGCCAGGCUUCAAGAAGAAUAUUUUCCGGCUCUUUCAUUUCUUAAAAUCAUAAUUGCUUCCAGGUCACCAGACAAUGUGAACCAAAAGAAGCCUGGGAGAGUACUAGCAGAUUUAGUUUAAGUGAGACCUUCUUAAUCUUGAACUUCUAAUUUAUUGGCUAGAUAGUAAGAGUCCAACCAUGAACAAAUGGGAAAGAUUUCAUGCUAUGUGUAAAGGGCCUGGUUGUAUCCUGUAUGUUGUUCUGCACAUAAGGGGUCUUUGGCCACAAAGGAAGCUACAUGAUUCUGAGGAACUUGUUCACUGGACAAACACCCUGUCUGGCCAUUUUCAAGGUUAAUGUUUUACCAAGGUAAAAGACAUUUUGUCAGAUAGAUGCUGUAUUACCUCCUUUCGUGUCCUUCUCUUCCUCAUAUGCACAAUGACCAUACUUUUGCUUGUAGUUGUUGUGAAAUCUGCUUGUUUUGGCAUCUUCAUUUCAAAACAGAACAGAAAAUGUCUACCCAAUCUGUAAAAUCUUCUUUGAGAUUUUAUUGCUGCCUAUCCCCCGUUACCAGCUCCCCCUAACCCUGACUUGGAUUAUAAUUUGAUGUUCUUCCCCUUUUGAUAACAUAUUCUCUAUAAACUUUUUAAAAUGUCUGUGUUAAUUGCUUCCCCACAGUGUUUCAGUUUGGCCCAUGAUGGUGAAAUAUUUCAGGUUCCCCUAUUUCAUUUUUUCUUUUGGUUGUUUUAUUCUGUGGGCCUCUCUGUUAUGCCUUUCACACCUGCCCUUGUCUUCUGGCGGUUAUUUUUUUCUUUUGAAUUUUUGGUGGGGGGAAAGCUCUCUGCCUCAUUAUGGUUUGUCUUCUACUACCUGCUUGCCCUCAGCUUAGCUGCUCUUUUCACCAUUUUAAAGUUAUUGUUCUCCUAUUAGUCCAUUUUCUCUUUGGUUUCCCCUGUUUUGUAAUGUAGUGAUUAUGUCUGACUGCCUCCUCUCUGCUGUCCACUUGCUGGAUUCAUGCCCUUGGAUCUUGGUCAGUCCUCCUUAAGUGUGCAUCGGUAUGCCUGCUUAAUCAAAACAUUGUAUUUAUUUAUUUUUUUCAGCCCCACUGUCACUUUGGGUUGGCAGAGCAUGUGCUCUUCUUUGUUCUCACUCUGAAUUGGAUGUGUCUUUUCAGUGUUCCCCCCCAAAGUAGGGAUUGCUCACAGUGGUCCCACUGCCUUGCAGGCAGUGACCGGCAUUUGAUUCUGGGGCCAUGCAGCUGUUCAUUUCUUAACAAUUACAUGGUUGCGGUAUCUGGGAAAAUCCUUUGAGGUAUUUCAUAUCCUUGUGCCCGUGCUUCCCGGGUCACUCGGGAUUACCAGGUUUCUUCCAAGUUCCUUUUAGGAACUUUGCCUUUAGCCUUUGAUGUGAUGGUUCCCAUCACAGAGAGCAAGAGACACAGAUUGAGAAUGCACACCACACACGAAUGCAGGCUUUGUAAGCAAAAGCAAGUCGGUACACAAGUGUGUAUGCCAGCAGAACCUACCAAGGGUGGUGUGUGUAAGGUUUUUCUGUUUUGCUCACCUCUCUUGAACAGCAGUGUACGGUGGAGUGGUUACUAAUUUGAUUGGACAUGGUAAUGAUGAAACGACACCCUGGGCCUACCAGAUCAGAAUCUCCAGGGCUGAGACUCAUGAAUCUGUAUUUUGAACAAGCUCUUUGGUGAUUCCGACUUGGGAAACAUUGGUGUACAUUGGCCAUCUGAACUCCUCUGGUCCUGUGGACAUUGACGCCAUCAGUGCCUCUUUGGAAGUUCCCUUUGCUUACUCUCUGGCUCCGGAGGCCCAAUUUUGCCUUCUUGUGUAGACCACUUAGCUCACUGCCCUCUUGCCCUUGCUUUCUGCCUCUCCCCUCCCCUCCUCUGCAAAGGCUACAGUUAAUAGCAGUGGUAGGCCUUACAUAGGAAGAGGGGCUGAGGAAUUCAUAACAGAAGAGUGGGAAGCCAAGAGCUAAGAAAAUAUUCUAUCUUCUGGAUCUCAUGAAAAUAGGGGUGCCUUUAGGUAGUCCUAAAAUGUGUGAUAUUAUCUGGUAAUUAUUUUGUUUUUUUUCUUGGUUUUCUUGUUGUUGUUAUUUUUGCUUUGAGGGGUCACCUUUAUCUAGGUGAUGAUAUUUUAUGUGUUGUGUUUUCAAAUGCCAGGCCUCAUUCCCCCCUCUGAUUUCUGUCCCAGGCACUACAAACUACUAAUCCCCUCUAAAUAGAACAAAAAUAAACCCAAGAGUGAAAAAGCAGUGGUGACUUGACUUCUAUCUGCUGCCUACAGAUAUUCAGAUAGGCACUAAAACUCACACUUUGUGUUAAAAUUCAUCUUGUGGCAAGUGUAACCCCUUUCAUUGCCUGAUUAUUCUAAUGCUUCAUAGGGAGAAAAGAUUUUUAAAAAGGACCUGGUGUGUCAGUCAACGGGCUGAGCUGUUGUUUCUUAAACUGGGAUAUUCCAAGUUAGUCUAAGAAAAAGUCACAACUUGAUUGACCAGGAUGUUCAGGGAUGGGAUGGGAUCCUGGUGAACUGAAAUGAAGCAGACAGUCCAUCCAUUUGUCUUACCCCUUGUUGAAAUCUUUCUAAAAUCAUGCGUUAACCCACAUAGCUGUCUUAGGAAUGUUAAGGAUAGUUUUUAGGAAAAGGUAAAAUCGUGAGUCUUAUAUAGAUGUAAAAAUGAACAUGUGUUAAAGAUUUUAUUUUACUCAUUAAUCAGCCAGGGAACCAGACAGAUGUUCUAGCUGGUUCAGAGAAAAAGUCCAAAAGCACAAAUUUAUAUGGAGUAAAGGAAUUGAAUUGCAAAUGGAGGCAAAACUGGUUUUUCCACAAUGGGGAGGGAAGUCACUCCAAACUCUAUGGGACAAUACAGAGUUUGCAUAUCCAUCAGUUACCUGCAAUUUACAGAGGGGCAAAACAACUCAAAGACAAUGGACUAUGCUGGAAUCAUGCUGCUGCAAACGACGCGCUAUAGGGGGAGCGGCCACAGCAGGUCCUAUCUGGUGGUGAGUGGCUGUCAUGAUCUCGACAGCACCACUCUACAGCGGCGUGCACAACUGGACCAGUUCUGACCGGAUUCGCAUGUGUGGCAUCAACGAGGAGAGAAGAGCACCUCUUUCUGAUGAGGAGUCCACGUCAGGUGACUGCCAGCGGUUUGGAUCUCAGGAGUUUUGUGUCAGCAGCAGUUUUUCCAAGGUGGAGCUCACAGCAGUUGGAAGUGGCAGCAAUGCCCGGGGGGCAGACCCAGAUGGCAAUGCAGCAGAAAAACUUGGGCACAAGUCAGAAGACAAGCCUGACGACCCCCAGCCAAAAAUGGACUAUGCUGGGAGCGUGGCAGAGGCUGAGGGCCUAUUGGUGCCACUGAGCAGCCCCGGAGACGGGCUCAAGCUUACCACUCCCGACAGUGCCGACGCUGCCAACAGCAGGGCUGACUGCUCCUGGGCUCCCCUCGGCACCCAAAUGAGCAAACAAACAGACUGCUCAGCAGCUGGGGUGAAGGCUUUGGACUCUCGGCAUGGUGUUGGGGAGAAGAAUACUUUCAUUCUGACAACUCUGGGGACUGGAGUCCCUGUGGAGGGAACCCUGCCUCUGGUCCCCACUAACUUUAGUCCGCUGCCAGCCCCCAUCUGCCCCCCCGCUCCCAGUUCAGCUUCCGUCCCCCCGUCUGUUCCAGAUCCAUUCCAGGUUCCCCUCUCCGUCCCCACCCCAGUGCCCCACUCUGGGCUUGUUCCCGUCCAGGUCGCCACCUCAGUUCCAGCCCCAUCCCCUCCCUUAGCACCAGUCCCAGCUCUGGCUCCAGCGCCACCGUCGGUGCCCACACUCAUCUCUGAUUCGAACCCCCUUUCGGUUUCAGCCUCUGUCUUGGUGCCUGUGCCAGCUUCUGCUCCCCCCUCAGGUCCAGUCCCCCUGUCGGCUCCAGCCCCUGCCCCCCUCUCGGUCCCAGUUUCGGCUCCUCCCUUGGCUCUGAUCCAGGCCCCUGUGCCCCCAUCAGCUCCAACUCUGGUCCUCACGCCUGUCCCCACUCCAGUUCUGGCCCCCAUGCCGGCGUCCACACCUCCGGCAGCUCCCGCCCCUCCGUCGGUGCCAAUGCCCACCCCAACCCCAUCUUCUGGCCCACCCUCCACCCCCACCCUCAUCCCUGCCUUUGCUCCCACGCCAGUGCCUGCACCCACCCCAGCCCCAAUAUUCACUCCAGCCCCCACGCCCAUGCCGGCCGCCACACCGGCUGCCAUUCCCACCUCUGCACCAAUCCCAGCCUCCUUUAGUUUGAGCCGAGUAUGUUUUCCUGCAGCUCAGGCACCAGCUAUGCAAAAAGUACCCCUGUCCUUUCAGCCAGGGACAGUACUGACCCCGAGCCAGCCGCUGGUAUAUAUCCCACCUCCGAGCUGUGGGCAGCCGCUCAGUAUGGCCACACUGCCAACCACUCUGGGAGUCUCCUCCACUCUCACACUCCCUGUCCUGCCUUCAUACCUUCAGGACAGGUGUCUCCCCGGUGUGCUGGCCUCCCCAGAGCUACGGUCUUACCCAUAUGCAUUUUCUGUUGCCCGGCCUCUGACUUCAGAUUCCAAGCUGGUCUCUCUGGAGGUGAACAGGCUUCCCUGUGCUUCCCCAUCCAGCAGCACCAGCACCCAGCCUGCACCCGAUGGGGUCCCCGGGCCUUUGGCAGAUACUUCCCUCUCUACGGCUUCUGCCAAGGUGCUUCCAACCCCACAGCCUUUGCUGCCAGCCCCCAGCGUGAGCUCAGCCCCGCCACACCCUGCCAAGAUGACAGGUGGUGCCGAGCAGCAAACAGAAGGGACUUCCGUCACCUUCUCUCCCCUCAAGUCACCUCCACAGCUGGAGCGAGAGAUGGCAUCUCCACCUGAGUGCAGUGAGAUGCCCCUCGACCUCUCCUCCAAGUCCAACCGCCAGAAGCUUCCAUUGCCCAACCAACGCAAGACACCUCCCAUGCCCGUAUUGACCCCUGUGCACACCAGCAGCAAGGCCCUCCUCUCCACAGUCUUGUCUAGGUCUCAGCGCACAACCCAGGCUGCCGGUAGCAAUGUCACCUCCUGCCUGGGCUCUACUUCCUCGCCCUUUGUCAUCUUUCCCGACAUUGUGAGGAACGGGGACCCAAGCACCUGGGUGAAGAACUCGACUGCGCUGAUCAGCACCAUUCCUGGCACCUAUGUGGGAGUGGCCAACCCAGUGCCUGCAUCCCUGCUGCUGAACAAAGACCCUAACUUGGGCCUCAACCGAGACCCCCGCCAUCUCCCCAAGCAGGAGCCCAUCUCCAUCAUUGAUCAAGGAGAACCCAAGAGCACUGGUGCCCCCUGUGGCAAGAAGGGCAGCCAGGCUGGGACUGAGGGACAGUCAAGCACAGUCAAACGUUACACCCCAGCCCGCAUUGCCCCCGGGCUGCCGGGGUGCCAAACCAAGGAGCUCUCUCUGUGGAAGUCCACGGGGCCAGCAAAUAUUUACCCACGGUGUUCAGUUAAUGGGAAACCCACCAGCACCCAGGUCCUGCCUGUUGGCUGGUCACCAUACCACCAAACGUCUCUGCUUUCCAUUGGCAUUUCCAGUGCCGGGCAGCUGACGCCCAGUCAGGGGGUGCCCAUCAGGCCCACCAGCGUUGUUUCUGAGUUUUCUGGUGUGUCACCUCUCAGCCCCAGUGAAGCUGUGCAUGGACUUCCAGAGGGGCAGCCACGGCCUGGAGGCCCCUUUGCUCCAGAGCAGGACACUGGCACAAAGAACAAAACUUGCCGGAUUGCUGCCAAGCCCUAUGAAGAACAAGUCAACCCUGUCCUCCUGACUCUCAGCCCUCAGACAGGGACCUUGGCACUGUCUGUCCAGCCUAGCAGUGGGGACAUAAAAGUGAAUCAGGGGCCUGAGGAAUCCGAGAGCCACCUCUGUCCUGACGGCACUCCUAAGAUGGAAGGUUCCCAGGGGGCUUGUGGCCUGAAGCUGGCAGGAGAUACGAAGCCUAAAAACCAAGUGCUGGCCACCUACAUGUCCCACGAGCUGGUCCUGGCCACCCCCCAGAACCUGCACAAGAUGCCCGAGCUGCCUUUGCUACCUCAUGACAGCCGCCCCAAGGAGCUUAUCAUGGAUGUGGUCCCGAGCAGCAAGAGGGGCUCCGGCACAGAGCUUUCACAGCUUGGAAGUCAGGUGGACCUGGGGCGGGUGAAAAUGGAGAAGGUGGAUGGUGACGUCGUCUUCAAUUUAGCCACCUGCUUCCGCACCGAUGGCCUCCCAGCAGCUCCCCAGAGGGGCCAAGCUGAAGUUCGGAAUAAGGCUGGGCAGGCUCGAGUGAAAGAGGAAAGCGUGGGUGUCUUUGCCUGCAAGAACAAGUGGCAGCCAGACUCCGUGGUGACCGAUGGGGCGACUGAAUCUCUGCCGCCCAAGAAGAUGAAGUUUGGCAAAGAGAAGGAUGCUGAGGAGCAGCAGCCACAAACCAAGGUCAUAGUCCGGAGUUCCCAUGGACCCAAGUGCCGGAAGCCGCCUAGUGACCCCCAGGAACCCACCAAGAAGAGCCCCAGGGGGGCUUCAGAUUCAGGAAAAGAGCACAAUAGAGUCAGGGUAAAGCACAAGCACCGGAAGCCAACAAAGCCGGAUUCCCAGUCUCCAGGAAAACGAACCGAUGGCCAUGAGGAAGGUUCCUUGGAGAAGAAAGCAAAGAGCAGUUUCCGUGACUUCAUCCCCGUUGUUCUGAGCACACGGACGCGCAGUCAGUCUGGAAGCAUCUGUAGCUCCUUUGCUGGUAUGGCAGACAGUGACAUGGGAAGCCAGGAGGUCUUCCCCACAGAGGAGGAAGAAGAUGUGACCCCCACCCCAGCUAAGCGUCGAAAGGUGAGAAAGACCCAACGGGACACCCAGUAUCGCAGCCACCAUGCCCAGGACAAGACUCUCCUGAGCCAGGGCCGCCGGCACCUGUGGCGAGCCCGAGAAAUGCCCUGGAGGACAGAGGCUGCCCGGCAAAUGUGGGACACCAAUGAGGAGGAGGAGGAAGAUGAGGAGGAAGGCCUGGUGAAGAGGAAGAAGCGGAGACGACAGAAGAGCCGAAAAUAUCAGACUGGGGAGUACCUGACAGAGCAAGAAGAAGAGCAGCGGCGAAAAGGGAGAGCAGAUUUAAAGGCCCGUAAGCAGAAGACUUCCUCCCAAAGUUCGGAGCACCGCCUCAGAAACAGGAACCUUCUCUUGCCCAGCAAAGCCCAGGGGAUCUCGGAUUCACCAAAUGGUUUCCUCCCGAAUAACCUGGAGGAGCCAGCCUGCCUUGAGAAUUCAGAAAAGCCAUCAGGAAAACGAAAGUGCAAAACCAAGCACAUGGCAAAUGUCUCAGAAGAGGCAAAGGGCAAAGGUCGUUGGAGCCAGCAGAAGACGCGAUCUCCCAAAUCUCCCACCCCAGUGAAACCCACCGAACCAUGCACACCCUCUAAGUCCCGAAGUGCGGGCCCAGAGGAGGCCUCUGAGUCACCUACAGCCCGGCAGAUCCCCCCAGAGGCACGUCGGCUCAUAGUGAACAAGAAUGCAGGCGAGACCCUCCUGCAGCGGGCAGCACGUCUUGGCUAUAAGGACGUUGUUCUCUACUGCCUCCAGAAAGACAGUGAGGACGUGAAUCACCGCGACAAUGCUGGCUACACGGCCCUGCAUGAGGCCUGCUCCAGGGGCUGGACGGACAUCCUGAACAUCCUUUUGGAGCACGGGGCUAAUGUGAACUGCAGCGCGCAGGAUGGCACGAGGCCAGUUCAUGAUGCGGUGGUCAAUGACAACCUGGAGACCAUCUGGCUCUUGCUGUCUUAUGGGGCCGACCCCACACUGGCCACCUACUCGGGACAGACAGCCAUGAAGCUGGCCAGCAGCGACACCAUGAAGCGUUUUCUCAGCGAUCACCUCUCAGAUCUUCAGGGCCGGGCAGAGGGUGACCCUGGCGUGUCCUGGGACUUCUACAGCAGUUCUGUGUUGGAAGAAAAAGAUGGCUUUGCCUGUGACCUCCUCCAUAAUCCUCCUGGGAACUCUGAUCAAGAAGGAGAUGAUGUGGAAGAGGAUGACUUUAUGUUUGAGCUCUCAGACAAGCCUCUUCUCCCUUGCUACAACCUCCAAGUGUCAGUGUCCCGCGGGCCCUGCAACUGGUUCCUCUUUACCGAUGUCCUGAAGAGGCUGAAGCUUUCCUCCAGGAUCUUUCAGGCUCGGUUCCCGCACUUUGAAAUUGCCACCUUGCCCAAGGCUGAGUUCUACCGGCAGGUGGCCUCCAGUCAGCUUCUGACCCCAGCCGAGAGGCCCGGAGGCAUGGACGACAGAUCUGCCCCAGGCUCCUCUGAGACUGUGGAGCUGGUGCGGUAUGAGCCAGAGCUACUUCGGCUCCUGGGGUCUGAGGUGGAGUUCCAGCCGUGGAAUAGUUGACCGGGAAAACAGCCCCUCCCUUUUCUUCUUUCUCCUCCCAAGUUCACCCUUCCCCACUUCCCAUGUCUUUCCCCCACCGAGCACCAGACUGCAGAAUGAGGCAAUAAUACGGACCAACAAGAAGCCGCCUUAUCAAUGCCAGCAUUAGUGACUGGAUUUUUUUUUUUCUGGUUAUAAUUAGUUCUCAUCUCCCUGUCAUCGUCAUUGUUGUUGUGGUUGGUGAUGGGGGUGGAAAGUUGAAUUCCACGUCUGAGGGCAAGAGGUCCCAGGGAUGGUGGGAGGUGGUGCCAGGGUCCCUUGGGGUGGCCUCAGCCUGUCCGGAGGAGAAAUGAGAAAAGGCCAAAUCUCUGAGCGCCCCCUCUGUUCCCCUGUGUUCUUCUGUCUUCCAUAGUAUUUAUUUUAUUAGUAUUUAAUUUGUAUUGUUUCAUUGGUUUCUGAUAAGUCUGUAUCACUGUGACGAUUUGAGACAACUUGUUGUAUUGAGGGACUUUCUUCACCUCCUUUCUUUGUCUUUCUUGAUAAGCUCUGGAGCUGCCCCCUCCCUCUGACAGUUACUCCCAGGUUUGUUUUCACCCCACUGGGGAGGGGGCAGGUGGGGCAGGGGGCCGAGGACCCGUGACUGAUGAAGGUGGCUGGUGCUGGCCUGGGGCUGGGGGGAUUGAGGAUAAUCCUGAGGCUUUGGUGCUCCCCCCCCCCAUUUUUUAUUGUUUUACCACCUGCCCUUCACAGCAGCCCUGUCUCGAGAUUAGGGAGGUUUCUGGGGAGGGGUGGAUUGUGAGGGCGAGGGGCUAGUGAGUCACUCUACUUGGAGAGAGUCAAGAAUGGGAGUGAAAGCUAAGGUCACCCCUCCUCACACUUCCUUCACUGCUCCCCUCAGAGUGCACAACAUGGGCUUGUUCCCACGUCUCCUCCGCCCACCCCUGCACCUCCAUCCACCCCACCCCAUUCUGCCUUUGCCCCUUCUGGAUGCUGAGCCUCUCAGCUCCCAGCCCUUGCCUAUCACCUCUCCCCUUCCCAGAUUCAGCACCCACUUUCUCUCUCCUCCCUGCUUCUCCCUCUGCCCCCCAUUCUCCUUUGGAAUCUGCAGAGGGCUCUGGGAUUGAUGGCCAGAUGUGAGAUCCAGGCCUCAGCUGUUUCCUAGGUGAGGGCAGGAGGCUGGACUCCAGCCGGGCUCCACUCCUACCUCGCCUCAGGACCUGGGGCUGAGUGUGGGGCCCCUGCCAGGCCUCCCUCCUGGCCUCCAGCACUGGGUUUGUUGAAGGAGAGAGAGGGAGAGAGGGGAGGAGCUUGGGCUUUUUCCCUGUCCCUUCCCCCCUCUGUGGCAUUGUCUUUCAUAUUCCUGUUCUUAUUUUUCUACCAAUUGCUAUUUUUUCCAAACAAUCCUUGUAGAGAGUAUGUACCAUCUAAAGGCAGGAGGGCCUGGCUAUGGCCAGCUGAUUGGAGAUGGUACAGUUUUAUUGUACAGGUGCUAAAACAACAACAACAAAAGAAGAAAAUGGAAAAAAAAAGACAAAAAAAAACGGCAAAAAAAAAAAAAAGCCAGUUUGAGGAUGGGACAAUCUGUUCUCUGGAGACUCCUGACCCAUGUGGGAGAUUGGUGGUUAUUUUCUUUGUAUUGUGUUUGUUCUUUGUUCCCAGGGGGAAGUUCAAGGCCCCCUUCUGUAGGACUGCUCCCCACCCCCACCAUACUGCCCAGUUGGUUUUGAACAGUUGUUCUCCCUUAAAAAAAAAAAAAAAAAAAAAAAAAAUAUAUAUAUAUAUAUAUAUAUACAUAUAUAUAUAUAUAUAUAUAUAUAUAUAAAGUUGAGGGGUUUUGGGUUUUAAUUUUUUGGUUUUGUGGGGGUUCAUGGUAUUGUGUGGUUUAUUUUAUGUUUCCUUUACCUUUUUGCAUUUGGGUGUGUAUUCUGGCUGCCCUUUAUGUUUCAUUUUAAGCAACUGGCUGUGGAGUCAAAAACACUUGCAUACUGAAAACCUG